AUUUCCGCAGCGUGAAAGCGAGACAGCUAGAUAACGCAUAAGCAAAUAUCAACCCGCAUGCGUAUGUCAGAGUAAGACAACAGCACAGCAUUUGUGGAGCACAUACGCAUUUAACCCUAAAAAAGACAGCACUCGAUAGACUUUAGUACAGUCGAAGUGACGCCGCGGCAUACAAACGUGAAUUAAAAGCCAACAAAUUGUUGUUGCUUGCCGAAUAAUUGGAAAGAAAAAGAAAAAAGAACAACAAUAUAUACUAUUGCUGCCAAAUAAUAUCAAAUUGAAAUUUGUGUAACAUUCAAUGUGCUAGUAAAUGUUGGUUUUUAUGAUUUUUGCAAAAGAAAAGUAAAAAAUUAUAUACUAGAGAAGAAUAAUAGCUAACGAGAUCUGCACAAACACACACACACGAGCAUAGAGAGACAGACAGUAGAAUGAACAGUCAACUAAAUCCGAGCACCUACCGCAAAUUCAAUAAUUUGCUCAGCAGCGGCGCUGUUACCGUCACCGGUCCCGGCCAGCCGCGCAUAUUGAAAACGACUCGACUUGGAACACCCGGUGGCGGCAGUCAGAACGUGAGUGCAUCGUCGCAGCAGCAGCAGCAGAACACUAUGGAUACGGAUAACGGAGUACGCUGUUACAUUUGCGAUGAGUUGCUGCUGGCAAAUCAGACGCAGACAUCUUUGACGGAAAUGUGCACCACGCACACAUCCACCAAAUUCCCCAACAAGCUGGCACAGCUGGUGGGCGAGGCAUUCCUUGUGAUUGUCUGCAAGGAGGACUUUGUGUGUUCGCGUUGCACCAAUCUGGUCAACUACUACGAUCGACUGGAGAACGAUGUGGAGCGUGUCAAGUCCAAUUUGCUCAAUUUACUGAACAAAAAGUAUGGCAUCAAUGAGGACAGCGGUGGCAGUCAUGCAGAUGCCGCCAGUCCGCCGCUUAAAAUGCAAAAGAUGGCCAGCAAUGCGGCAAAUCGAUCGCUGGAGGAGACAGCUGGCGGAGAUGUGCGGCAACGUAAGCUGGUGCAGCAGUCAACGACAGUCUCGCAACAAUUGAAGGUAGCCUCGCCACAAGGAGCAGCUGUCGCCGGCACACAGACACAGGUGCAGCGCAAGGCAACCAAGAUCUACAAGUGCACCUCGUGCGAUUACAAGACCUCCGACAUGCGUUUGUUCAACACACAUUAUGAGACAUGCAAACAGCAGACGUUCCAGUGCAAGACCUGUCGCAAGAUCUUCCCGCACUUUGGCGCCAUGAAGAAUCAUAUGGUCAGGGACCACAAUACCGCCAUGGACAACACCUGCGCCAUGUGCCACAUCAAUUUUGUGAACGAGAACAGCUUGCGCAAGCACAUGGAAACGAAUCAUGCUACAAAUGUGCUGGUCACCAGCACCACAACAAUUCCCGCUGCCGCUGCACCGGCUACAGCCGCAGCACAAGCUGCUGCCGCCGCCGCCUCCGCUGGCGGUGGUGUCACCGAGUCCAUUAGCGUCACUGGCUCGGCAUUGUAUACAUGCAAUCACUGUCAAUUCAAGUCGACGGACAAGGGAGUCUUUGAUGAGCACAUGCGCAAGCAUGUCACCAACAAGCCGAAGCCAUUCAAGUGUCGCCUCUGCUCGCAGCGCUUUGAGACACGCGAGGCGGCCACUGUGCACGCCAAGCAGCAUCAGAACAACUACUUCAAGUGCGGCCAGUGCGCCAUGAGUUUCCCCAAACGUGAACUGCUUGUGAAGCACGCCGAGCUGCAUCAAACCGAGAAGCUGACAACUGGCGGCGGUGGCGGUCAGAACAUGAACACACAGAAGCUGCUGCAGGAGACCAUUGACGAGGCACUCAGUGACAGUGUGCCGGCCCAGACGGGUAGCACUGUGGUGACCUCUGCUGCUGAGGCCGAGAAUAACAUACGCUUCUUCUCGUGCAGCAUCUGCUCGCUGACUUUCAUACAGGAGACGUACUACAAUCACCACAUGGAGACGCACAGGCGCGACAAGAAGAGCGCUGGAGCAGCUGGAGGAAGUGGUGGAACCACAGCACUCAAUUCUGCAGCCACAGCGCUGCUCAGCGACGAGCCUGGCGAUUCUGGUGUGGCCAUGAAGGAAGAGUCCAACGAGCAGAACGCCGAGGCGGACAUUGAGAGUCUCUUCGAGAAAUUGCAUUCGGAGAAGAACGACAGCGGCGAGAAGAAGAAUGAAAUGGUCAUCACACAGGAGGGCAGUGGCGGCAUCACCUUCAACAUCACCAUACCACAAGUUGAUGCCACUGGCGACCAGGUCGACAAGAAUUCACCGAAUUCCCAAGCACCCGUAUCGGUUAGCAUUGACAUGCCAGUAUUGGACCAGGCCGAGGAGGAGGAAUCGCAAUCCCAAGGCAGCAAUGACAACAAAUCAGGAGAAGCCAGAAACAGCAAGUCGAAUGCGGCGCCUGUGUCCAUGCCCAGUUUGGAUGAUGACAAUGAGGCAGCUGCCGCCAAUGCAGCAGACACUACUGAUGGCAAUGCAGCCAGCAGCAAGACAGGCGAUAAGGCCAACUCCAAGACAGAGCAAGCAGCGGCCAAGCAGAAGGCCAAGAAGGCGGCCGAAGAAGCUGCCGAAACCGAAGCUGAGGAGGUGAAAAACGAGACCGAAGAGACAACAGCUGAGCAAGCAGCUGAAUCCGCUGCAGCUGAGGAAGCUGCUGAAGCCGAAGCCGCAGCAGCAGCCGCCGGAGAGGGAGAAGCAUCCGAAGCAGCUGGCGGUGAACAACAAGUGGCCAUGGAGCUGGACGAGGCCAUGCAGGCUCAAGUUGAUGGCGGGCAAAUCAAGUUUAUUGUCAAUGAGAACGGACAUCUGUUGCAGCUCGAUAAUCACAUCUUGACCGAUGCCGAUGGCAAUCAGAUCAUUGUGCAGGAUCCAGAGCAAAUCCAGCAGCUGCUGCAGAGUGUCGGUGUGCUGCAGUCGGGUGAGGGACUUGAGGGCGAGACACUCCAAAUGAUGACCGAUGGCAGUGGCCAGAUGGUGCUCGUCCAUGGCGAUAACAAUGAACAGCAGCUGAUCGAUGCCUCGCUGCUCAAUUCCGAGGGUCAGAUCAUCAUCCAACAGGGCCAGGACGGCGAAGAGGGACCGCAUGUCAUUAGCGAGGACGGAACACGCAUACCAGUGUCAGUAUCCUACACGGAAGAUGGCCAGCCGAUUGUGCAGGUGCAGCAACAAGUGCUGGAAGCGGCACAAGCCAAUGCCGAGGAGAAGGAGGCAGCAGCGCAAGCUGCCGAAGAAGCUGCCGAGGAGGCACAAACGAGUGAAGCUGCCACAGUUACAACCGCAGCGGCCACAGCGGUUACCACAAGUACGGCCAGCAGUAGCAGUGGUGGCACUGCCGGAUUCUUUGCGCUCGAAGAAUUCGCCGAGACGAAAGCAAACUAGGAUUGGCUCCAGGGGCGUGGCCGUGAACACUACACCAUACUGGCAUACGAUGAGGACUGGUUUUAACAGAUUUAGACCAAACAGUAGCUGCUUCAAAGCUCUGAAAAACUCUCUGCACAACACACACACACACACAGACAGACAGACACACACAUCCGCAUUUUAUAUACACACACCCACAAACACACACACACACACACAUACAUUUAGUAUAUAUAUUAACACUCCAGUUGACAACAAAUCGUAAUCGAAGAUCGAUGAACCACUUUACAAUUGCAGCCAAAGAUCCACUUUUGGCCAGGCAUCAGGACUUGCAAUUGUUUUUGGCAGUGUAUUCAAUGCUGGACUUGGCAAAUAUGUUAGGUUUAGUUUUAGCAUAGUAAAAAAACAAAGCAAAAGAAUUAAAUUUAAAAAAUGUAAAAAAAAAAAAACAAACAAAAAGAGUUCAUAGAUGAUUAUAAACAGAUGCUUGAAUUACAAUUAAACAUACAACAACAAUUAUAAAAUUAACACUAAAUAAAAUGAAAGGAAAAACAAACAAAAAACAAAUAUAAUAAAUUGUAAACAUAAAUUCUAUUAGCUUCCUAAAGAAACCAAAUUUCAUCUCAUCAAACAUCCAUAAUACAGACAUUUGAGCCGAAGCCAAGCUCAAGCUCAAUGUUUUAAUUAUAAUCAACGCUACACUCACCCGUAACACACACUAAGAUACACACACACACACAGCCACAUACACAUACACAUGAUUUGAAAUGUAUUGUAUGGCAAAUGUAAAGAUAUGCGAUUGUGCGAAAAACAAAAAAAAAAAAAAGAGGAAAAAAACUUAAGUAAAUCUUGUUUUAUAUUUGUUGUAUUUGGUUGUGUGUUCGGAAUUUUAUUUGCAUGUCGAUGUAGAUAAAAUGUCGUUGCUUACAUGAAUCCGCCACAAAAAUACUAUAUAAUUAAAAUGUGAGUUG